AUGGACAGGCCAACUCUUCCCAGACUGGUCAUUGCACUGGUGUUUCCUGUCCAAACUUUAGGAGACAUAAAUCCGGAACUGCAUCAUGACUUGGAAAACGACCUCGGCCAGCUCCUACAAUGGCUUCAGCCCAACCACCUAGAUGGUGUUGAUCUCAAUCGAGCAGAGCCUCUGCCGAGGACCAAAGUAGCUGUUAGGCGUUGCUUAAGAACACAGUCACAACAACUUGAUUUCAUGAAGCUAUGGAUCAAUUCUAUCAGAGUAGACCUCAAAAACCGUCUACCCCAGGAUAUUGAUCUAUUUGGUGCAUUAGAGAUUGUGUGGCAGCUACGAUCCUUCUACGUCAAGCAACUCACCCAUAUGAAGCUAUCGUCUUUGGCCGAUGAUGCAUUCAUGCGCAGCUUGUGUGCUUUGUUCAACAAUUUUCUACUGCAACCUCACCUCAUACACCAACUUGAGCAACAUAUUCGAUCUUCUUUGUUCAAAGGUCCAUCCUUGCAAUUGAAAACUUUCGCAGCAGUAGGGAUGGACACAAAAUUGCGUCAGAUUGUAGUGAAGGUUACAGUGGAGGAGAUCUGUCGUCACUUGGCAUCUCUGUGUGUGGGACAAUGGAGUACACCAGUGCUUUACGAUUUGGAAAAAUGGCUAAGGCUCGAGCUAUAUCCGUCUUUUUCACUCGGGUGUAGUUCGAAGUAUGCUUGUGCUUCUAGCAAUGAUCUCAUACAAAUUGCUCGAGACGAGUUGGUGCUGCUUCGUAUCAAAGAAAUUUACGAGAUGGUACAACUGUAUCCUCAUUCUGUCACUGCUUUACAAGAACUACGAGAGUGCUUGGCUCUAGACUCUGAUAGGUUUCAGUCGUUGGCUCAUCAUCGUGCUAAAAUUGUAGAUGUGUUCAUUAAUUGCUGUGAUCAGCGGCUUCUUCAUCUGGGAACUAACACUGUUGACGUCAUCAUCAUGUACACAAAAGUUAUCAAGUCGUUCCUUACGAUUGAUCCAACUGGUGUUUUACUCGAUAAAGUAGUUCGUCCGAUUAGAAAAUACUUAAGCACGCGCUCAGAUUUUGUGCAACAAGUUGUUCAUGGCAUGCUUGAUUUGAACGCUGAAACAAAUUCUUUAGUGGAGUUAGCACAAGAGCUUCAGAAAAAUGAUCCUCCCACACUGGCUCCGAUUGAUAUUCUCUCUGAUCCUAAAUGGAAUCCCGAUCCAAUCGAUGCCCUUCCUGACUUCAAGAAAGGGGAAGUUUCAGACGUCUUGCAAGCCCUCGUAUCCAUUUACGACCUGCCAUCGGUAUUCACAGAAGAGCUCACAAGCAUAUUUGGUGAAAGACUUCUCAAAUGGAACGAGUAUAGUCUUGAGGAUAUCGAGCAUACAACCGAUCUUCUAAAGUCUAGGUUUGGCGGGAACGAAUUCAACUGUUUGGAUGUCAUGAUUAAGGAUGUUCAUGACAGUAACAAACUCAAUUCUCGUCUAAGUCACCCGGGCAUGGAGCUUACGAUUUUAUCGAGGAUGUAUUGGCCAUCGGUAUGCCAAAAAUUAGAUAGUGAAAAAGGUUUUGCAAUUCCUGUCCAAGAUAAAUUCGAAAAGUACACACACAGUUUUGAGGAGGUGAAGCCGGGGCGGACACUCCAUCUCCAUCCAUCUUUAGGGACUGUCGAAUUGGAUCUAGAGAUCAAAGGCGAAAUGAGGAAAUUUGAAGUGACGCCAUCGCAGGCUACAGUUAUCGAAUUGUUUGAUGAAGAGGAAGAGGGCCUUUCACUCGCAUUGGUGACGUUGUCGACUCAACUUCCAGAGUAUGUUGCAAUUCAGGCCCUCAACUUUUGGGUUGACGCCUCUAUCUUGAGCGUUAACAAUGGUAUUUACAAGGUUAUAGAAUAA